AUGCCGGUCCGUCGGGGCCACGUCGCCCCACAGAACACCUUCCUGGACACCAUCAUCCGCAAGUUUGAAGGGCAGAGCCGGAAGUUCAUCAUCGCCAACGCCCAGGUGGAGAAGUGCGCCAUCAUCUACUGCAACGAUGCGUUUUGCGACCUCUGCGGCUACAGCCGGGGCGAGGUCAUGCAGAAGCCUUGCACCUGCGACUUCCUCUACGGCCCUCGCACCCAGACCAGCGCCGCGGCCCAGAUCGCCCAGGCCCUGCUGGGCUCUGAGGAGCGGAAAGUGGAGAUUUGCUUCUAUCGGAAGGACG